CAAAAAUAUUCUUAAUAACAUCCUAUUUAUCGAAAAACAUACAUCAAAACGCAAGUUAAAAACAACACAAGAUUGAAAUUCUUAUAUAGAUUUAAAUUUUUAUAUCAUAUUUUAUUUGUUGUAUUCCGUAAAUUUGAGAAUUUAUUGAAACUAGAUGAUUGGUUUGAAUUAGUUUUUAAAUUAAGUAUUAAAUCGAAUUAAUUCAAGUUUUGAUCUCAUUUACCAUUGUUGCUAUUCAUUUUAUCUGAUCGUUCGAAGAAUAGAAGCCUGUCUUUCCACAAACGAGAUAAAAUAACUCGAUAUGUUCGCUAAGAAUGUUGUUCGAAAACUGAUGCGAAUAUUACAUAUGCUGCUAACAUGGGAUAUAGAGAUAAAGGAAAGCUCUCUUCAAAGAAAAUACUACCGUUAAAGAUGCAAACAUAUAAAAGGAUUGAACACAUAGAUAGUUAAUCGCGCAUUUAUUCUUAAGUACAAUUGCGGUAAUACUAUCUAGAAUAGGAAAUAGACAAAAUCAAUAAGUAAGCCUUUGCAAUUCAUCGAAUAUCAAACGUUCUUCAUCACAGAGAAUUGCUGAUAUAGCUUGCCAUAUUAUUAUUACGAAAAAUGAUCAAGAAAGAUAUCUGGCAAAGGCAAUACUAUAUUCUCAAAUUAUAUUUAACUAUCUCGGGAACAUGGCCAUAUCAUGGACUUUAUGGCAGAUACAUUCGCUUUGUGUUAAUAUUUACACUCUCCUUUACCAUUUUAAUACCCCAGUUACUUUACUUUCUUGUCUUUCUAAAUCUUGAUAAUGUAUUCGAAUGUCUACCAACGAUAAUGAUCGGCACAGUAUUCAGCUUUAAAAUACUAACGAUAAUGUUAAACAGUGAAAAAGUCAAAAUUUGUUUGAAUACAAUAAAAGAAGAUUGGUUGUUACUAAAUACAAGUAUAGAAAAAGAUAUUCUACAGCGGCAUACUAAGUUUGGACAAUAUAUUGCGACAUUUUACGCAGUUUUCAUGCAUAUGACGACAUGUCUUUUCGUGCUGAAGCCAGUCAUGCUGACCCUGUUAGCAGAGGAUGUUUUAAAUGUAACAGAAUCCACUAUACCAUUCGCGUCGAGGCUGCCCUUUCACGUGGAAUAUGGCAAACGACUCAAUCAGUACGUGUAUCCAAUAGCAGUGCAUUGUUACGCAGCUAUACUUGCUCACGCUUUCGCCACAAUUGCAAUUGACAGCUUGUACUAUACCCUAAUUCAACAUGCUUGCGGAAUGUUCUCAGCUAUUGGAUACGUGUUGGAGAACAUUGGUAAAAAUAGCGACAACAAUUUUGAUUUGAUGCCGGACAAAAUGAAAGAUGAUAAUUAUAUUAAAGUCUUAAAUUGUUUACGUAGACAUCUCCAUGUAAUAGAGUUUGCGGAACAUAUUGAAUCUAUGUAUACAAAGAUAUUUUUGCUUAAUCUUAACUUCAAUAUGAUUGGUGGCAGUUUAGCCGGGAUACAAGUAUUGAUGAAUUUAGACAAGAAUAUGAAUGACAUCGCUGGGCCUAUUACAGUCUAUAUUGCACAAUUUAUUCAUUUGUUUCUUCAUUUCUGGCAAGCUCAAUUUCUGUUGGACUACAGCGUCCUUCCGUAUGAAUCUAUAUGCAGGGCGAAUUGGUAUUAUACUUCGACAAGAUGUCAGAAACUUUUUCUUCUGAUUAUGAACAGAACGGUAUCGCCGUGCAAAAUAACCGCUGGUAAAAUAAUGGUUUUGUCCAUCGAAAGCUUUGCCGUAGUUGUGAAGGCUUCUCUAUCUUAUCUCACCGUAUUUCGAUCGCUCCAAUGAUAAUAUCUAAGCAUUCUCUGUAAAACAUUUGAGAAAAUACAUUUUUUUAAUGCAAUAAAAAUACAAUCUAAUGUAACGAGCACUAUUCUUC